AUGCCGUCUUCUUCACCUGUGCGGAUCAUCGUCCGCUUGCCUUACAACCGGCCCGAGGACGCGCCUGAAGACCCACCUCGGGUGGAAUGGAAUGCGGAGAAGGAGCACAUCCUUUGGGAGGUUAUCGCGAAGAGCAGAGCCAUGGAGGGAAACACCGACUGGAAGGGCCUCGCUGCGCACCUUGAAGUUCCCCAUCCAUACCUCAUGUACCGCGCCAAGUUCCGGUUCGAAGAGGACCUACGCGGCCUCCAGGGCAUGGGCAUUGGGGUCACCAGCCCUCUCUCCACCCUCCCCUCCGCCGUCGCCGCCACGUCCCCGCUGCGCCCGAACGGCGCGACCCCAGGCGAGUACUUCCCGCGCGUCACCAACCUCUCGCGGCCCCCGCUCUCCCUGCCCAACGGCGACACCCGCCUCGCCUGUUCCUCCACCACGAACGGGCCUGCCUCCGCCUCGACCUCCGCCGCCGUCCACGCCGGCACCAGCACGCUCCGCCCCGCGUUGGGCGUGCGCGCGCGGCUGAGCUCGCUCGGGCGGGCGCAUGGGCGGGCACUCGCGCAGCACCGCACGGUCAGCGGCCAGGAGCAUGUGCAGAGUCCGCUGUCGGCGAACCCCGCGUACGCGUAUCCAUCGCCUUCGAAGAAGGUGUCGUCAUCGACCAUCACGCUGCAGGGACCAGUGCGGAAGACGCGUUCGCCCAUGGGACCGCCGCUCUCCCCGGCGUCGUCUCGGGCGGGUUCGUCCUCGGAUGGAGCGAACGGAGGGGACGACGACAUGAGCGACGAGGAGGACGAGGAGAGCGACGAGGACGUGCGGAGAGAGGAGGAGGCAGAGAGGCAGGAGUCGUUGGCGAGGAAGCUGCAGAAUCUCGGCAAGCUCAUCACCGAAGACACGCUCGGUCUUGUGGCCGAGCGUCGAGUACCAGUGGCCUCUAGCGUGCGGUUGAACGGCAGUGGGAGUGGGUUGGUUAUGAAACCGCGAGGUCGGACACGUCCCAUGUCUGCCUCCAUGGCCAUGCAACAGCAGCGCCCCUCCCCUUCCCGCAGCCAGAGCCACCGGAGUCUGUCUAGCGCAAGCGUCGACUCCCCUCAAGACUCGCCACAAGGUUCCAUCCCGUCCAUCCCGUCGUCCUCUCACACAUCCCACCGGAAUGGUGCUCCACGUCUCCAACCGCUCACGCACACGCGACAUCGCAGUCAGGGCCAGACUGCACCAGUAUCCGCGCUCAGUCCCCACCACCACCUCUCUCGCUCGCAUUCCCAGUCCCUCUCGUCACAUUCCCUCUCUCAGUCGCCCUCGAACUCGACAAGCUACUUCGCCGCACACUCCCCCACACGCGCAACAUCACCACCGCCCGCACGGCCGUCCCCACCUGCAGUUUCAUAUAGAGCCGCCCAAGGACGUGCGGUGCGGACGCGACGCGCCGACCUGGUGGCGGGCACCCCGACAGGGAGCGAAGCGUCGAGCUUCAGCGAUAUCAGUGACUCGAGCCUGUCGCAGUCAGCACUACAGAGCGCGCUGAUGUCGAACAUACAGGGUGGAGGCGGGUCGCGAUUUUCGUCGUUUGCGCGCAGCAACGCACCUGCGAGACGAUCGACGAGAAGCUGA